UGUUAUUUUUCAGUUGUACCAGUUGUAUAUUAGUUUUCCGAUUGUGUGGUGUUGUUUAACUUUGUGAAACAAUUCGUUCAAAACAAAAUAUAUUAAAUUUUAUUUUGUGUUCGGUUCGAGUUUUUUUCUUAGCUUCUUGUAAUUUGUGUUUGUCUUAUUUACUACAUGUUCCUAUUCAUUACUGGUUAUUUCCAAAAUUGGGUGAAGGAAACUGAUUAUUUAAAAAUAUAUACCUACAUAUGUACACUUUACCUCAAACGUUGAAAGUGUUUACAUAUACACAUAUAUGUUUAUGCGUCAAAAUACUCAUGAAUCGAAAUUGCACUUCAGAUGUUUCAAAGCCAAGUCCGUACGCAUAUGCGCCAUAUAAUACCUGACACAUUUUAUUCAUAUGUGUAUAAUUAAAAUUUACUUAUUAAAUAAGAUAAUUUAUUCGAGUUUGAAAAUCCUUCCUGCGCGUUUGAUAAUAAUAUUUUUGUUUGGUAAAUUGGUAAAAUGGCAUUACAACAUCGAGAAGUUGGAGUUAGGGAUUUCGUGCUCCUUGACCAAUUAACAAUGGAUAAAUUUAUGGAUAACCUAAAAAUAAGGUUUCAAAAUGGUCAUAUAUAUACCUACAUCGGUGAAGUCUGUGUAUCCAUGAACCCAUAUCGGCAAAUGAACAUAUAUGGCCCUGAUGUAAUAAAUAUAUAUAAAGGUCGGGAGUUAUUCGAGAAUCCUCCCCAUCUUUAUGCUGUCGCUGACGCUGCAUAUAGGAUUUUAAAGCAACGGCAUCAAGAUACAUGUAUCCUCAUAUCCGGAGAAUCUGGUGCAGGUAAAACUGAAGCGUCAAAAAUUAUUAUGAAAUAUAUUGCUGCCGUUACUAACAUACAUGGACAAAACGAAGUUGAAAGAGUGAAGAAUGUGAUAUUGCAAAGUAAUUCAAUCCUUGAAACAUUUGGAAAUGCAAAAACAAAUCGGAAUGAUAAUUCCAGCCGAUUUGGAAAAUAUAUGGAUAUUGAAUUCGACCAUAAAGGAGACCCUGUGGGGGGCAUAAUCACUAAUUAUUUGCUAGAAAAGUCUCGGGUGGUGCAACAACAACCGGGAGAACGAAAUUUUCAUAGUUUCUAUCAGCUCUUACGUGGUGCAAGCGAUAGCGAAUUGCAACAAUAUAAUUUAUUAAAAGAUCCUAGCAGAUAUCAUUAUAUGAAUCAAGGCAGUAUGGACAUACUUUCUGAAAAAGUAGAUUAUAAAAGCACAAACAAUGCUUUUAAAAUACUGGGUUUUUCUACUGAAGAAGUGCAUACUAUAUGGCAGAUUUUGGCAGCUAUUAUACAUUUGGGAAAUAUUGAGUUUCAAUCAAUUGAAGAUGAUCUAGUUAUAAGCAACAAAUCGCAUUUACAAUUUGCAUCCAAGUUAUUGCAAGUAACAGAAAAUGAGCUUUCCAAUUCGUUGACAACACGCAUUAUUGCUGCUGGUGGUAAUGUUAUGCAAAAGGAACAUGAUGCCACGCAAGCUGAAUAUGGAAAGGAUGCUUUGGCUAAAGCAAUAUACGACCGUUUAUUCUCUUGGAUUAUUUCCCGUAUAAAUCGUGCAAUCCUCUAUCGCGGCUCGAAAACUCAAGCACGUUUUAAAUCAGUUAUUGGCGUUUUAGACAUUUACGGAUUCGAAAUUUUUGACAACAAUAGUUUUGAGCAGUUUUGUAUAAAUUAUUGUAAUGAAAAAUUACAACAAUUGUUUAUUGAGCUGGUUCUUAAACAGGAGCAGGAGGAAUACCAAAGAGAAGGUAUAGAAUGGACGAAUAUUGAAUACUUUAAUAACAAGAUAAUAUGCGAGCUCAUUGAACAACCACAUAAAGGUAUGAUAGCUAUAAUGGAUGAAGCUUGUCUCUCAGUGGGUAAAAUCAACGACGAAACACUGCUAGGUGCAAUGGAUAAAAAUCUUAGCACCAAUCCUCAUUUCAGCAGUCGACAAUUAAAACCAAUGGAUAAAGAACUCAAACAUCGGGAGGACUUUCGAAUAACACACUAUGCGGGUGAUGUCAUUUAUAAUAUCAAUGGAUUCAUCGAAAAGAACAAAGAUACAUUGUAUCAGGAUUUCAAGCGACUAUUGCAUCACUCCAAAAAUGUUAACUUGAGCGGAAUGUGGCCCGAAGGGGCCCAAGAUAUAAAAAAAACAACGAAACGACCCCUAACAGCUGGGACACUUUUCCAACGAUCCAUAAUAGAUCUUGUGAAAACUCUUUUGAAAAAAGAACCAUUUUACGUUCGUUGUAUUAAACCUAAUGACAUAAAGAGCCCCACCGUGUUCGACGACGAACGUGUACAGCACCAAGUUCGCUAUUUAGGAUUGCUAGAGAAUGUGCGAGUUCGACGAGCUGGUUUUGUGCAUCGUCAACGGUACGAUAAGUUCUUAUUGCGCUACAAAAUGAUUUCUCAGUAUACAUGGCCGAAUUUCCGCGCCGGUACCGACCGUGAUGGUGUGAGAGUUUUGCUUGAGGAAAAAGGUUUCGGAAGCGACGUAAAAUAUGGACAUACAAAAGUCUUCAUACGCUCACCUAAAACAUUAUUCGCUCUUGAGCAGCAGCGAAAUGAAAUGAUUCCGCAUAUUGUUACUUUGUUACAAAAGCAAGUGCGCGGGUGGAUUGCACGUCGAAAUUACAAGAAAAUGAAGGCUGCACUUACUAUAAUGCGUGCAUACAAAACAUACAAAUUACGAUUUUACGUACAAGACCUAGCUCAACGCUUUCGUAAAGCCAAAAAUUUUAGAGACUAUGGUCGGAGUAUCCAAUGGCCACAACCUCCGUUAGCUGGAAGAAAUGCAGAACCUCAACUCCAACGCAUUUUUAACUAUUGGAGGGCUUUUAUGAUCCUUCGUAAAUAUCCACGAAGUGAAUGGCCGCAAUUGCAAUUACAAAUAAUUGCUGCAGGUGCUAUAAAAGGUCGUCGAUUUCAUUGGGGACAGCAACGCAAAUGGAUUGGUGAUUAUUUAGCCAACUCGCAGGAUAAUACAGGUUAUCAAGCUUAUAACACCAACGUUAGAAACUUAAAGAACAGUCAAUCAUUUAAUAAUAUACUAUUUUCGUCAUUCGUUAAAAAAUACAACAAACAUAAUAAAACUGCUGAUCGCGCCUUUAUUGUAACAGAUUCGACAAUCUACAAACUGGAUGGUGCUAAACAUAAAUUUAAAAAUAUGAAUCAUUCUUUAUCCAUUAAAGAUUUAACAUCCAUCAGUAUUAGCCCCGGACGCGACCAACUUAUUGUUUUCCACUCUUCCGACAACAAUGAUUUAGUUUUUGCUCUGAAAAGUGAAAUCUCUCAGUUAAGAGAAGAUCAUAUUGGUGAGCUUGUGGGUGUAAUAUGUAAAAAAUAUAUUGACCUUUGUCAGCGAGAACUGCGUGUGGAUGUUAGCCCUACAAUUGCCUGCCGUUUGGGUGGAAAAUCACGAGCAAUUACAGUAAAGGGUGAACCAGGAGUAGAAAAUCCAAAUUUCCGACAUGUAGCGGGUAAUAUUAUUUUUGAAGUUCCACCAUCUUAUUGCGUUUAGGAAGCUUUUGCUUUGAGGUGUGUCUAUGCAUAUGCGAUUUAAAAGCACUUUUAUGUGAUGCAUUUUUUACAUACAUGUGUACAUGAUUAGCUUUAUAUUUAAUAUUUAUUAUUUUAAAGUAAACAUGACUAAUUAAAACUAUACUUUAUACAAUACGGAUUCAUACAACUAUUUACGCAAUUUUUUUUAUUUAAUUCUUCGUAUUCAAUUGUUUCCUUCUGAUAUGUUCUCCUUUAUGAAAGUGUUAUUAGUAAAAAGCAUAAACUCCUAUUUUCUAAGCAGCAUUCUUAUAUAUCAUGACAAACUAAUAUACCAAAGUGUACAUAUAAAUUUGAAUGUACAGAACUCAAUAAUUAUUUCACAAACCAGUUGUAUGUAGAAUAUUAACGCUUUAACAAUCUUGAUCGACUCUAUAAAUGGUCUUGAAUACAUAU